AACAUUCGGUUGUCAUAUAAUUGUCUAAAUAUUAACCUAAAAUUUGCAAAUAAAAAUAAAUAUUCUUAUUAGAUUUACCAAACAAGAAAUUAAAUAAAACUUGGAAAUUCUGCUAUUAAAAUGCCCAAAAAGUUCGCUACUGAAAAUACUAAGGCAGUCGCAGCUAGAGAAAGAAAAAAGGCUGCGAAAGAUGAAGUGAACGCAAAGAAAGAACGGGAUUUGGAAGAGGCCAAAUGGAAAGAUGAUGAUAAGCAAUUACUGAAGAAACAACAAAAAAAGGAGUUAGAUGAGCGUAAGAAACAAGAGCAGCUGCAACGUAAAGCAGAAGCAAAAGCGUUGCUAGAAAAAGAAAUGGGGUCCAUCAAGACCACAAGCAAGCCUGCUCCCUCGGCCAAGGUUACAAGAGCCCAAAUCCAAGCUAAAAAAGAGGAACAGCCAAAGAAAAAAGAAGAGAAGGUUGUAGAAACUCAUCUUGAUACUCCUCUAGUCGAAAAUAUAAAUCGACUGAGUAUUGAUGGUGAGGAAGCAAGAACUAUUGAUGAGGCUAUCCAGAUCUUAGAUGGUGCAUCUACUGACAUUGACAAACAUCCUGAAAAGAGAAUGAAGGCUGCCUACACUGCUUAUGAAGAACGCAGAUUGCAAGAACUGAAGAUGGAGUAUCCUAGUCUACGCUUGUCUCAACUAAAGCAAAUGAUAUUCAAGGAGUGGCAGAAAUCUCCUGAAAAUCCACUCAACAAGGUCUAGUCAAUUUUUGAGUCAUUUAUUUUGAGAAUUACUUAUUUUACAUUGGUAGUUUCUCAGUGAUCUUUUCAAUUAAUUGCAUUAUUCUGUAUAUUUGGUUUGGCAAUCAUAACUAGUCAACAUGCUAGUAAUUUUUUCUCCAUUGUAUUGUUAGCUAUUUUUUUCAUUGAUCUUUCGCUUGUUUCCAAAGUUAUUGUGAAUUAUGGACAAUAGAAUUGUAUUGUUGUAAUAAAAGUUUUAAUAGCAAAA